ACAGGCUGGAAAGUGGCCUUUCAGGCUCGGGAACCAAAGCUAGAGCCUCCAUGUCUCUGUUCCACAACUCCAGCUACACUGAGACUUAUCCAGCAGGCCAGGUCAUCCUGCCAGUGGGGUCACCGUUGUACGUGGGCGUUUCUGUGGAGGAGAGAGAUCCACGCUUUGCAGUCGUUCUGGAAGACUGCCAUGCCACUCACUCAUCAAACCCUGACGACCCCAUGAGAUACUAUCUCAUCCAGAACAAGUGUCCCACUGACCGCCAACAGGUGUCAGUGACUGAGAGCGGCUCGUCCCUGCAAGCUCGUUUCUCUGCCCUGUUGUUCCUGCUCCAGAAUGAAUACCGAGGCAUUUUCCUUCAUUGCAGCCUCAGCCUGUGUGACCAAAGGAGCUUCUCCUGUGUUCCACAUUGCACAAGUAGGACGUACCGCUCUGUUUCCAGCUCUGAUCCUUUGAUGCCCCUCACCGUUGGACCAAUCAGUUGUGAGUAUGAAUGAUAAUUUGGUCUCAGGGCCGAUGUCUCAAAACAAUGAACUAUAUGGAAUGUGGCCAUGGAAGUGGUUGGAACACCUGAAUUCAAUGAUUCGGAGCGGUGUCCUAAAACAUUUGGCAAUAUAGUGUAUUUUAUAAAACUGGAUUACAG